UGACAAAACCCUUAAGCCCAAAACCCACAAACCCGCCCACAGAUUUGACCCAACACCUUCUCUGCCUAUAAACUCUCAAACAUUCGUCACCACUACCAAAUUUUCAUUAACACAGAAAGAAAGAAAGCAGGAAACAGUGAAUUUUUUUUUUCAAUUUUAUCAACAACAAUUUUCAACCGUCUGAUCAAACAGCCGAUGGCUGAUGUGGCAACAAAGGAACGGAAAAUCCUUGUGGCCGUCGAUGAAGGUGAGGAGAGCAUGCACGCGCUCUCGUGGUGCCUCAAAAACGUGAUUUCCGAAAAUUCCAAAGACACCCUUGUCCUCCUCUACGUUAAACCCCCUCGUGCAGUUUUCUCUGCCCUUGAUGGCACAGGGUAUUUGUUUUCGGCUGAUAUGAUGGUGGCUAUGGAUAAGUACAGAAAUGACGUGGCUGAGUGCGUGGUCGAGAAAGCUAAAAAGAUGUGCAAAGAUCUUCAUGAUGUCAAGGUGGAGACAAAAAUAGAGCAUGGUGAUCCAAGGGAUGUUAUUUGCCAGAUGACAGAGAAGUUGGGUGCUGAUGUGCUGGUCAUGGGGAGCCAUGGUUAUGGCCUAAUAAAAAGGGCUUUACUUGGGAGUGUGAGUAAUCAUUGUGCACAGAACGUCAAGUGCCCAGUCUUGAUUGUGAAGAAGCCAAAAUCCACUGCAACAAACAAUUAAUUAAUUAAAUUUUUUUUUUUUUGGACUUUCUCUAACUUUAUAGCUCUUAUUAUGGCUGUUGUAUAAAGUUUUUUUGUAUGCUUUUGUAAAUAAGUGUUUUUUCUUCUC